GGGUGAUGCGAGAGAAAAGAAUAUCAAGAAGAACUGAUGAAUAUCAUAAACAAAAUCCGUGAUGAAGUAGCAUUCCGAAAUCUAUGCUCGUGACGUAUGGUGCUGCUUGGAAUAUCCCCUUAUAUUACAUGCAGCGUACUGAGCGGGUCUUAUCUGUUGCGAUCAUCUGACAUCAAAGCGGACAAAUUAUGCAAGGAAUUGCAAGCGCUAGGAGAUGAACUGAGCAAGGUAUUGCCAUCAGUUUCAAGUCACAUUAUGCAAUUUUCACGAUGGAUGGAAUCUGUUCGCAAGACAUGUCUGAAUCUUGAACAUAUAAAUCGUGAACCAAACGAGUAUCCUGUCGGCUCGGAAGACAUCACUCGCCAGCAACAGUUGAUAACAUUGAACGAGUACAUUAUGCGAAUGGCAGCGUCAACCUCAAGCCAUCACAAACCACCGCAAACAUGCACAACAGUGCUGCAGGCGGUACUUACAGCAAGAAAUUGUGAAGUCGGACCCAUUGCCAGUCGAGCAGGUGAAGGAGCAGCCUACGAAGCAGAUGUGUACUGUCAAUCGGGAGCAUUCGGAACGCCAAGACUCGAUUGA